GUUCACCUGGCACCUCCAGAUGUCCCAACCCUUAAACUCCAACAAUAACAAUAACAAUGAGUGGAGGUUUUACUCGCUGGCUUCUUGUUUCUCAAUCCAGGUUGUCCCAGCCACCAGCUGCAUGGUGGCAUCAGGCAGCAAGCAGAUGGUACACAAAUGUGCACAAAACAGAAUACCUCCAGGGACAGUCACCCGAACCACGAGUGAGGGAAUAUUUCUAUUAUGUUGACCAUCAAGGAAUGCUUUUUUUGGAUGAUGCAAAAAUCAAGAAUUUCACAUCCUGCUUUAAAGAUAAGAAGUUCCUUCAGUUUUUCUUCAGUCGACUUCGCUUCAAUGAAACAAAUAAAUAUCCAGAGUUUCCAUUUUUAUCUCUAUGUGGUCGUGAGAGGAAUUACUUAAGGUGUGAUGAUCUGCCACUGGUUUUCACAAAUUUGGUAAUGAAAGACAUUCCUUUGGGACUAGAAGAGCACCUUGCAUAUAACAAUGCAGGAGAAGCAAUGAGUCAUCAGUUCCAACCAUCAGAAUUGUGUAUGCAAGUGGAGACAGGACGAGUGUACCACCCAGCUCCUGAACAUGUUGGAGGUGUGGGUCUAGUCAGAUCCCAGUUAUCUAUCCAGCUAUCUGCACACUUUAUAUUUAAGAACAGUGAGCAACAACCUCCUACCCACAUAAGCUGGAAGGGUAGGCAAGUAGAGUUGUCUCAGAAUUUAGUACCAGUGUUGCAAAAUUUAGAGCAAGUUAGGCAUUAUAGUUUAGGGCUUAUGAAUGAUGAAACCUAAUUUGUGUGUAACUCUCUAAAUUUUUAAUAAUUUUAAUUGUACAUAUGCAUAUAUAAAAUUAAAAUUUUUGCUGUCUGGCCCUGGAGGCCCAGUUGAGAUAUCACACCUAUUUCCUACCUAACAUCUACCUUUCCUGGCCCUGGUAUGGCUCUGAGUGAAUAUUUAAAUUUUUUUUUGAGUUUUUUAAGCAUUUUCCAUUAAAUUUAUAUAAGGUUUAAAAUCAUUAAUUUAUAGUCAGAAACUGCUUAAGUUUUGCUCUGUUGUUGCUGUGCACAGAUUCCCACUGAAGUAUUUGGGCUUACCCAGAUCUGAUUAAGAUUUGUCACUAUGUCAACACUUAACCUUCUAGCUGGAAAUGUGUCUGUUUCUGCCUGUUGUCAUUAGCCUCAUGAUCAUACUGGCCUCUCUCCACAUUCCAGAGUUUGUUAGCUAGUUGUUCUCAGCCAUUACAAUAGCAGCUGGGGUGCAUAUUGGGUUGGGAUCAUCUCGAUGCCUUGCUGGGCUCACCUCGUUUCUUGUUUUUGCUGAUAGGGUAGAUCUUAUUGUCUUUUAUUUUUCCAUCUGAGAGCUCCUCACUGACCAUGACUUCAGGUGGGGGUUGGACUUUUAUUAUGGAGUUUUAUUCUCCUGUCUUCUUCAGCCCAUCUUAUAUUCUGUGGAUUCUACUUCAGUGUGGUCAAAGUUUUUUCCCUGGCUGUAGCCUAACUUCUACUAUAGUGGACCCCAAUUUACUCAUCUCCAGAUAUUUGGCCUUCAACCACUAUUACUAUGAAAUUAGCUGGAGGUUCUCAAGGCCACCCUACAGCUAGGGGGAUCUCAUCUGCAUUUUGGUUAUGUUCAUGGUUGUGCUUCCAUGUUUUUCAACAUGUCCUUCUGGAAGGCCUUCCAGGGCUUUCUAUAUUACCCUUUACAAUGGUUCCCAACUGCAUUAAGGCUUACCUUUACCUUCAUACCUUUAAUGGGUUUCAAGAGUCAACCAGGCUGUUCCUACUGGUGGCCCACUGAUCCCCAUAUCCAUCACAGCCUGGUUAAUCCAGUACUUAGAGGUACCUGCCUGUCCAGCCUUCUACACCAAGCCUGUAUGUCAGGCUUGAGCACUCAGCCAGGUUAACACACUUUGUGCAUUUCACCGGUCUAAUGGAUUCAGCAUUCAUUAACAAGGGUCCCAACAUCACUCUUACCCCCAGUGUAGAUUUCCUCCAUAAGAACAGGUAUGUGAACAACUCCCAAUACCUUACUGUUGAUAUCAGGGUACAGUGCAGCCUGGGUGGCUCUGUCCUCUAUUCAGUGAGGGCCUAAAUGACUUCCCUCUCAGUGACAUGAUGAGAAGACUCAUACCCACCUGGCCCCUUCAUUGAUCUAUUUUCAUAUCUCACAGCUCAUGCUCUCCUCUCUGUAAGGGUUCACUGCUUCAGGCAAGCAUUCACCCCACAUCCAAGUGUGUUACACCAGGGUUGUGGCAUGCUUUUUUAACUCGGUUGUCCUGUGUUCCUCGGCUUUUCUCCAAAAAUGGUUUGAAACUUACCUCAGGCACUAUACUCGCCAGACUACAACCUAUCUGGGGGUUUCCCUCCCUGACAUUUAUACUUCCUCCGUGUAAGGUCUCUUUUCUUGUUUUCCCCAUGUUUCCCCAAAAAUUAUCUUAGAUGCUUGCCUCUUACUCCCUACACAUCCACUGUCACUUCACUAGAACUAGGACUCCCUAUGGGUUGCUGGUUAUUGUCUGGGUCCAUUGAGGGGGUUUGAGUGUAUGCUUAGCAAGGUCCCAUAUAUUCUCCUAACCAUUACAGAAUUUAGUUGCUAGGGUUCUUGCUUAUGGUCUUAGGCCUCUCCUGUACAUCAGUCUGGCAUGGUUGGGUCUAUAUACAUUUGUAUGUCUAGAUAUGUUCUUGGUAGUAGGUUGGUAGACAGCAACCACCCAGGGAGGUACUGCCAUCCUGCCAAGUGAGUGUAAAAAGAAAACCUGUAAUUGUUUUACAUGAUGGUAGGAUUGCUGGUGUCCAUUUUUCUGUCUCAAGAACAUGCAAGGUUUCAGGUACAUCUUGCUACUUCUACUUACACUUAGGUCACACUACACAUACAUGUACAAGCAUAUGUACAUACACACCCCUCUGGGUUUUCUUCUAUUUUCUUACUAGUUCUUGUUUAUUUCCUCUUAUCUCCAUGGGGAAGUGAAACAGAAUUCUUCCUCCGUAAACUAUGCGUGUUGUAAGAGGUGACUAAAAUGCCAGGAGCAAUGGGCUAGUAACCCCUUCUCCUGUAUAAAUUACUAAAUUUAAAAAAAGAGACUUCGGUUUUUCUUUUUGGGCCACCCUGCCUUGGUGGGAUACGGCCGGUUUGUUGAAAGAAGUCUAGAUAUGUAGAGCAUCUUGUGCAAUUGAAGGGGGAAUGACUCGACUCUCAUGAUUAGAUCAGUCUUCAGUGGGUUUUACACUUAUGUUCGUGUGAUGGAUCUUUGUUUAUGUUUAC